AUGAAGGAGGCAACAGGUUCAGGUGGGUUCAUAGCGUCAGGAUUCUGGUAUUUCGUUGGAGUUUCCUUUGGAGUUCUGGUUAUCAUCACAGCCCUCACCAUUGUUUCCUACUUAUGCGCUCGCUCACGCAUUCCUAUUACUUUGCCUCUGUAUAGGAUUAAUGCUCUUGAUCAAUCCGUGGAUGAUGAUGUGCAGGGCAUAGAUGAGGCCACCAUUUUGAGCUACCCCAAGCUGCUAUUUUGUGAGGCCAGACACAGGGACUCAGAACAAUCCCACGCCGCCACGUGUUGCUCUAUAUGUUUGUCGGAUUAUAAAGACACUGAUGUGGUCAGGAUGCUACCUGAAUGUGGCCACCUCUUCCAUGUCCAAUGCAUAGACACUUGGCUUAGAAUGCAGCCCACCUGCCCUAAUUGCCGUACAUCUCCCUUCUCAACGCCUCCGGCUCAAGUGGUGUUUCCCUCCCCCGCCCACACGCCGUCUUAG